ACCAUGUGGGUUCAUGCCAAAAAUAUCCUCUAAAAGUUGUCCACGUAAGAGUGCAUAAGGUAUGUUUCAGUGCCACGUAGACAUAUAACGCAUGGACCAACGAUCUAACUAACGAGAAGGGUUGAAUGCAAAUUUUAUAGGGAUUUGUGUAUGCCUUUACAAAUGUCCAACAAAUUGUACAUGAAGUUAAAAGAUGAGUGAUUUUUAUUUUUUUUUUGGUCGUAAUGGGUCAUAAUUUGAGGUGUUUUAUCUAGUAAGGGGAAAAUGAGAUGAGAGUGAGAAUUGGAUGAGAUUGAGAGGAUGAGAGGAAUGAGUAAUAAAAAUGAAAAUAAUUUGAAAUACUUUUGUCACUCAUCACUUCCAUCAUCUUCUCUCAUCUUUUCUCUAAAUCCUAUCUCCACUCUCUUUCUCACUUCCAUCAAACUGGGCCUAAAAUACUCUGUUUUUUAUUGGUGAAUGAGGAAGAAAGAAAAUCUUGAAGUGAAUAAAAUAAACAGGUUGAGUGAGUCAAAGAGGCGUAGGAGAGCAUCUAAACUGGAGAUAGCGAGUGCCGAGGCACGAUCCCUCCAUAUUUUAUUCAGUGUUGAGGGAAUUUUGAUUCCCACCGCUUCCACUGCUUCAAAUUAUGGCGUCAUCACCAUUUAAGAAUCAGCUGUCUGAUUCUCUCAAUCUCUUUUUCUUUUUUUGUUUUCUUUUAAAUUUCUUAUAUUACGAUUCUCCCAAUCUCUUCCAAGCUCACUCUCUAUCUCUCUCUGUGUAAUCUUUGCUAAGCCAUUGGUUGACUUUAAAGCGAGAAGUACAAUGUCCUCGAUUGGUUUCUUGCGUACGUGUAUGUGGGGUCCAUAUGCAGAAGUGAGAAUCUUUCUCACACAACAAUAGCCUGGAAUCAGAAUAAGUCAUGUUUUCUAAGGAGAAGAGGCCCAGAUUGAAACUUUGGAAUUGUGGGGAGAUAUCACAAGGAACUAGGACAAGGAAAUAGCCUCUUGAAAGCUCUUUAUAAGGUUUUCCGUUGUUUCUGUUCCUUGUCUUGCAGACAGUUUUUAUGGGUAUUGCAGAAAAAAGUAUAUGAAUGAUACAAGAAAACUACCCACUUGGGUAUCCACAAGAAUCCUCACACAGUGAGUUAUUCUUAUUCCUUUUUUUCUUCUUUUUUGGUUCUGUUCUGGUUUUAUUUGUCCUGGGUCAGAAACUAGAUUAGUUCUGGUAUUAUGAAAUGCUUGAUUUCAGUCUCUCUUCCUUGAUGGAACUAUUUCUUUCACUUUGUUCUGCUAAAAUUGGAAUCUUGAACGCAAAGUUGGUAGAAGACUUGUAGAGUAUUUUCGAAGAAGAUGUAGAAAGUGGGUUUUUAUUUUUAAUUAUUAUAUUUUGUUCUGCCUUCCCCUUUUGAACUUGAAUCAUUGAUAUUUGCAAUUUUUAUGGAUAUGGGAGGCCAAGGUUCUCCGUUGAAAUUCUAUUCUAUUAUACUAUUACUGUGUUAGAUACUGGUGGUGAUUUGAUUAGUUUUUGCUAAUUUGAGAAUAUAAUCCCGUACCAGAAAAGAAAAGAAAAAAGAGAAUAUAAUCUUCCUGCAAUGACGUAUGUUUGUGUUUUAGUUUUGAUUUGUUAACUUUACUUUCCUUAAUUCUCUAUGAAAAUUUGUUUGCAAUUUCUUCUGUUAUUUUUUGUACUCAAAAAAUUCUUGUUUAUGAUAUUGGGGAAUUUGGACAAACUAGGAAUUGAAGGCAGGACGCUAAAGACGUAAAUUGUUCCUAAGAUAUCUUCAUUUUUUAUAGCUCACAGACAGAUUGGUUUUUGGGACCUAAAGGUUCUAGAAUACAGCUGAGCAUAAUCUAGAAAGUGGGGCUUCUGCACAAGGGUCAUCAUGGACGAUGAUGUGUUAUCACCAGCUACCAUGAUGGGAGCUCAACCUGAUUCCGCUACGGAUUUAGACUUCAUGGAUGAACUGUUCUUAGAGGGAUGCUGGUUGGAAACCACAGAUGGACCUGAAUUUCCUAAUCAAAGCCACGCCAAUUCUAGUGCCCAUAUAAACCCCUCAGUUUUUUGGCAUAUGUUGGAGGCGAAUGGCAAUUUGACCAUGAACCCAUCUGAAAACAGUAAUCAAGAAGUGAUACAAACACCAUUCUUCAAACAACUCCAUGAAGGUCCUGUGAAUCCUCAGUUUCCGAGCCAGAAUAUGAUAGAUGUUGAUGGGUACUCUGGUCACUCAGCAGAUCCUACAAUUAAAAGUUAUGAAUUGAACAGAAGGUGGUGGAUUGGUCCCUUAGGAAAUCAAGGUCCUGCAUCAUCUGUGAUGGAGAGACUAACGAGGGCUCUUGUGUGCAUUCGAGAAGUCAUGAGAGACAAAAAUGUUCUUGUACAAGUAUGGGUGCCUGUAAAUAAAGGGGGUAGAAAUGUUUUAACUACUAAUGAUGACCUUUUCUCGCUUGAUUCUAGCUGUCCCAGGCUUUCCAAAUAUCGAGACAUCUCUGUUAAUUAUCAAUUCUCAACUGGAGAGGAUUCUACGGAGUUGGUUAAGGGGUUGCCUGGCCGGGUUUUCUCAGGUCAGGUUCCUGAGUGGACUCCUGAUGUUCGAUUCUUCAGAAGUGACGAGUACCCACGGGUUGACUAUGCUCAACGUUAUGAUGUACGUGGAACUCUAGCUCUUCCUAUAUUUGAACAAGGUAGUAGGACUUGCUUGGGUGUGAUUGAGGUUGUUACAACCACCCAAAAGAUAAAGUAUCAACUUGAGCUUGAAAGUGUUUGCAAGGCACUUGAGGCUGUUGAUCUUCAAAGUUCUAGAAAUUGGAGUACUCAAAACGUAAAGCAGGGGUGUGUCAAGCCCUAUCAAGCUGCAUUACCCGAGAUCCAAGAGGUCUUGAGAUGUGCAUGCGAGACACACAAAUUGCCUUUGGCACAAACUUGGGUGUCAUGCAUCCAACAAGGCAAAGAUGGGUGCAGACAUUCUGAUGACAACUACGUUCACUGUGUUUCAACUGUGGAUCAUGCUUUCCAUGUGACCGAUCCUUAUAUCGAGGGAUUUUAUGAAGCUUGCUCUGAGCAUCACUUGUUAAAAGGCCAAGGCAUUGUUGGGAAAGCUUUUAUGACCAAUCAACCAUGCUUCUCAGAUGACAUAACCUCCUGUGUCAAGACAGAGUAUCCGCUAUCUCACCAUGCCAGGAUGUUCGGAUUGCAUGCAGCCGUUGCAAUACGUCUAAGGAGCAUGAAAACUGGUUCAACUGAUUUUGUUCUGGAGUUCUUCUUGCCAGUGGAGUGCAGGGAUCCAGAAGAACAGAAAAAGAUGCUAAAUUCACUGUCCUUAAUUAUACAACAGAUUUGCCGGAGCUUACGGGUUGUCACAGACAAGGAACUAGAGGAGGAAUCUGAUUUCCCUGUCAGUGAGAUGAUAGUCUCUUCGGAUCCCAGACCUAGUGGUAUUGCCAGUUUCACAGAGGUCCACCUGAGUGGUAAUGAUGUCUCAAUAUUCCCAAUGGAAAAUCCAAGGGAGGUGCUGGGUGUGAAAUCCUCAAAGUUAAGGCAACAUCAACCAGAUUCGAACCUAAAGGUUGGUGUCAAGUGUGGGAGAGAGUGUUCUGCUUUGGGCGAGGGUAGCUUCUCAAGUGUUGGUGUGAGCAAGACAAGAGAGAAAAGACGUACUAAGGCAGAAAAAGCCAUCACCUUGGAAGUUCUUAGAAAAUAUUUUUCCGGCAGCCUAAAAGAUGCUGCAAAUAGUAUUGGAGUUUGCUCCACAACCUUGAAAAGGAUAUGCAGACAACACGGGAUUAAACGUUGGCCAUCUCGAAAAAUUAAGAAGGUUGGUCACUCUUUACAGAAACUCCAACUUGUAAUUGACUCAGUCGAAGGUGCAUCUGGGGCUUUCCAAAUCAACUCUUUCUAUACAAACUUCCCAGAGUUAACAUCUCCGAAUUUAUCGGGGACAAGCCCAUUUUCAACCUCAAAGCUGAGUGAUCAGCCAAUGCCAACAAACUUGUCACCUGAAGGUGGUGUUGUCAGCCCCCAGGCUACUACAUCAAAAUCACCCUCAUCUUCAUGCAGUCAGAGUUCCAGUUCAAGCCAAUGCUGUUCCAGCAGGACACAGCAACAUCGCCCCACAUGUAAUGUCACUGGUGGUGAUGAUCCAAUUGUUGGAGAUAACUCUGGCGAUGGUGUGCUAAAGAGGGUCAGAAGUGAAGCAGAGUUGCAUGCCUUUGGUCAAGAUCGAACACAGCUACUGCCAAGAUCCCAGAGCCAUAAAAUUCUCAACGAGCUGCAAAAAUUGCAGCCUAUUCCACCUUCACUGAAGAAUAAUGGGGUAGCUCAAGAAGGGGAGGUUCAAAGAGUAAAAGUCGCAUACGGAGAUGAGAAAACCCGGUUUCGCAUGCAAAGUGAUUGGAGAUAUGAAGAUUUGGUGCAAGAAAUCGCAAAGCGAUUUAGUGUAGAAGACAUGAGUAAAUUUUAUAUCAAAUACUUGGAUGAUGACUCAGAGUGGGUCUUAUUAACAUGUGAUGCUGAUUUAGAGGAGUGUAUUGAUGUAUGCAGAUCGUCACAGAGCAAUACAAUUAAGCUCUCUCUCCAUCUUUCUCGUCAUCAUUUGGAAAGGUUUAUAGGUACAGGUGGCCCGUCAUGAUGCUCCCUGAGUUGCAAAACUGAGGUAGCAGAGUAUUUCCUUCUACAAAAAUGGAGGCGCACCUUCCUUUAUUAAUUUUAGUAGGGAGGGAUGUUGAAGCCUCCGCUGUUGGAGUAUGAAAUCUUCACAAUGUCGACAAAAAGUAAUGUAAAAGAAAAAUGCAAGUUUUGUGUCUCACAGAACUGAAAGCAAGGAUACUGGAAAAGAACUAUUUGGGUGCUGCAUGAUAAACUGCAGUUAUUUGGGGAUGUCGAGCUUAAGCCAUUGGUUAAAGUGUACUAUGUUGGUCUAUUAGCUAGUUGAUAGUGUUUGCUUUCAGUUCUUUUAAUUACAAGCUAGUUGUUGAUAAUUGUCUGUAUAUUUUAGUGAAUGAACAUAAUUCUUUUUCAAUAAUAAAGUAGGCCUAUUUUCGAAGUUUAACUAA